ACCUAAAAUACAUUAUAUAAGAGUUUCCAACACUUGGUUUUCAUUUUGGAGAACUUUGGUUUUUGACAUCGGUUUUCGGCGUUGGCUGCCAAACCAUGGUUCUAGCAAACCAUCCCGACAUGCAUGUCGGAAAUCCCAACAGCGAUGUUGGCCUUCAGAAGCCCUGGGCAGCAUUGAGUGGCUCAAGGUCAAAGAACGUGAAAAGCCAUUCUACUCCCUUGCCCGUCACCCCAAAACCAAUGCCUAUAUCUGACAAUGUACAAAAACAGAUCAAGCAGAAGAGAAAGCGGGAAGAAGUAGAAAGUGAAAGUGUCGCCAAGCCUUCUGGGAGUGGGUUGAAACUCCGAAAACGUGGAUGUGUUUCAAUGCACCGCGUUGUGAAACGUAAGAUAAAUGGACAGAAACCAAUGGUUUUGUUUAAUGAUAAGGGACAACCGUAUGGUGUGGCUGCUGCAGAGAUGCAAUCUUAUAUUGGAGUUUUGGCCAGGACAAAAGCUCCAAUAUGGUUUGACAAUUGGAGGCAAGUUCCGGUAACCAUCAAGAACAAGAUUUGGAAAGCUGUCACGUCGGCGAAUUCGAAGUGGAAACAAUUCAAGAGUACCCUGACAUGUAAAUAUAUUCUUCCCUUUCGAGAUGAACCUGAGAGGCUGAGGACUCCACCAGAGGACUUCUCUUUCUUGGAGAAGAAUCAUUGGGAUAUUUUUGUUGCUGAUCGUCUAAGCCCCGAGUUCUUGAAAGUCCAUGAUGAGCAUGUGAAGAGAGUUAAGGAAAACAAAUAUCCUCAUCGCUUGUCCCAAAAAGGCUAUGCAAACCUGGAACAGGAAUGGGCAAAAACACACAGUGGAGAUGAGUCAGUCAUUGAUCGAUUUGUUACGUGGGUCCUUGCAAGGAAGGACAAAGAAGGAAAUUUCAAGAGUGACUCUACAAAACAGAAGGCGGAGGAAAUUGAGUUCUUAAGGGAACAAGUAUGUUCUGGUGUGCUUACUGAAGAAGGUGAUGAUGAUGUAUUGACCAAGGCUCUUGGGAAUCCCGAGCACGGUGGAAGAGUUCGAGGUCAAGGAAUGCAUGUGAGGAAGGCUGUGUAUUUCAAUCUCCCGCGGUCAAAGAAGCAGAAGACACAAACAACAGUUGAUGAGCAAGUGAAGGAGGGUGUGAGACAACGUUUGGCAGAGGAGGUUAAUAACAUUGUUGCUUCAAGAGAUGCUUUUUGGAUGGCUGAGAUAGAGAAGUUGAAAUCAGAGAUCUGGAAGAAACAAGGAAGUAGUCCCGCUGUCCCUUCCCAAGAGGCUAGCUGCUCACCUAAAUUCAAGGAAGGUGGGCAGAAUCAACAAGUGGCUAGGAAGAAUCUAAAGGACUCAUUUGAUGCAGAACUUGAACCACUCAGAGAGAAUAAUGACAUUGGUGAUGAGUGUAAUCAUAUACUGUCCGUGGCUGAGCAUGUUGAUGAGAAACAACAUGAAAAAGAAAGUGAAAAGAAUGAGAGAGAAGAUCAAGAAAUUGAUACUGUGGAGAAGCUUGUGGAAGUUGGAGGACUUAAAGUAGAGAAGAAAGCAGAAAAAGAUGUCUUCGAUGAUGUUGAUUCUGGGGAGAGCCAAAUGGCACAGCUUGCUGUUGGUUCUGUGGACAAUAUUGUUGCACAUGCAAAGGUGUAUGGAUUCUCUCGGAUGGAUGACCUCACCCUACAUGGUGAAAAACUGGGUGAAGAAUAUGCAAAGGUGUCCAUUACAGAAGCAAUAAAAGAUGUUGACAUUCCAGUCCCAAUCCCCGGUGAAGUACUUACUGUUGAACAAGCUAAAGGAACUUUUGUAGCAUGGCCUAAGGAGCUGAUAGUCUUGGAUGUGCUUCCUAAAGGAAAGUUGAAACGGCUAUGGUUGUGGGCUAAGGAAGCAUUGUCUGAUGAUAGAGCACAUACUUUUGUCCUUAAUAAAGAUGCCUUUGGGGUGGAAAAGAAGUUAUCAGUUUUUCUGAGUGAUAUACAUGCUCUGUGCGCUCGUGGCGAGAUGGCUGGAAGCAUAAUUACAAUAUACAUCCACUGCCUGUAUGAGCUUGUGAAAAAAACAAAAUGCUUCAAAUGAUCUCUUUCGUGGAUCCCGGCAUGGUAGGGACGCUUGCAUGUGGGAACAUAGGGCAGAGGUCACGCAAGCUUGCUGAUCGCUUUAAGGGGGCCUGUGAUGGACAACACUUUCUAAUACCGUUCAAUGACGUGUAAGUAUGUUUAAGUU